AUGGAUACUGCACUGCUCGCCAAUGCGACCAUCGCGCAGGAGCAGAGAUGUGGCCUGCAGCGCUCCUCCGUCUCGUCGUCGUAUGCGCUUUUCCUAAUGCACAUCGGCUCGAUCUUCCUCGCGUGCAAACUCCUCCAUAUGGUUCUCCGGCGCCUGUACCAGCCGCGUAUCGUCUCCGACUUGAUUGUGGCGCUUAUGAUCGGGAAGGUGCCUUCCCUCCGGUUGACCUUCGGCUUGCCGGUGUCUAUUUUUGUCAAUCAUUGGGAUCAGUACUACUUCGCCGCCUACAUGUUCGCGCUGGGACUAGAGAUGGAUCCUUUCACCGUCUUCCUGUCGCCCACCACCGACAUCAUCAUCAGCUACGGCGGCCUGGUCUCGACGGCGGCCAUGAUCGGCUUGCUCUACCUGAUCCUCCUGCACUUGGACCUCGGCAUUAAGUCCAAGUUGCCGGCGAUUCCGCUCGCCUUCAUCGGCGCCUUCGCCAGCACCAGCUCCCCCGUGCUCACCCGCGUCAUCACCGAGCUCAAGAUCUCCAAGACUGCGGUCGGCCGCCUCGCCGUCGACGCCGGCCUGCACGCGGACAUGGUGGCCACGUUCCUCACGUCCAUCGGGAUAAUGCUGUACGGCCACCGCAGCAAGCAGAUCGUAUGGAGGCUGAUCGGCCUCAUCAGCCUGAUGGGCGUGAUCGCGGUAACGGUGAGGCCGGUACUGAUCUGGAUCAACAAGCGCAACCCCGAAGGGAGGCGAAUGAGGGGCGCCGACAUGGCGGGAGUGGCGGCGAUGGCGUGCGCGCUGUGCGUGGUGGCGGUGAGGCUGCACGGCGACGUCAACAUGGCGGUGUUUCUGGUGGGACUGGCGUUGCCGAGAGAAGGGAGGGUGUCGCGGCUGCUGAUCAACAACAUCAACUACGUGCUCAGCACUGCGGUGCUGCCCCUCUACCUCUGCUACGUCUGCAUCGCCUUGAGAUUUCACGCCCCGGAAGCCGGCGACAAUUCGAACAGCGAUUACAUAAUGGAUAGUCCGAUAUCGUGGGAGAAGCUGGUAGUGGUGAGCAUACUCGGAGCACUCGGGAAGGUCUUGGGGACGUUCGUCGCAGGGCGCUUCAGAGGCCUCAACUGGCUCGAGUCGCUGGCGCUCGGCGUGCUCCUAAAUAUGAAGGGAUACUACCACAUAUACUGUGCAUUUCAGGCCGUGAGUGGAAGGAUGAUCAGCGAUGGAUUGUUCGUGGCGCUGUUCUACGUGGUGUUUGAGACGGUGACGUUGACGCCGGCCGCCGGUUUCGCCAUUGCAACCUGGGCUAGGCGGGGGGUGGAGCGGCGGAUGAUGAUGGGGCUUCAGUUCGUCAGUCCGACGAGUGAGUUGCGGAUAGUUAUGGGGCUCCACGGGGUGGAAAACAUCCCGAUGGCCGUGAAGUUUAUAGAGGCCAUGAGGCCGGAGAUGGGACCGGAAGAUUUGGUGGUCUACGCAGUCGACAUGGUUGAGAUGACCGAGCGAGCAGCAGCAACCUUGGUGAAAGGGGAGGGGCCGGAUGCGGUAACUGUCGGGGACGAGGCCAUCGCGGCAAUGCGGAAGGAGAUUGGCGAGGCUCUCAUCGCGUACCAACAGGAGAACGGGGACGGCCUGAAGAUCCGGCGCCUGCUUGCCGUCUCCUCCUUCUCCGACAUGCACAAAGAUAUCUGCAGCUGCGCUACGGAUGUCGGGGCAGUGGUCAUUGUGCUGCCGUUCCACAAGAAGCAGAAGAUGGAUGGCUCGAUGGAUAACGGGCACUCAGGAUUCAGACAGGUUAACCAAAAGGUUCUUCAACAUGCGCCGUGCUCGGUGGGCAUCCUGGUGAAUCGGGAACUAGGACGAGUAAAUAGAUUCUCAGUAUCAGAAGCAACACAAAAUGUGGCAGUUAUCUUCAUCGGUGGAGCUGACGACCGUGAGGCGCUAACUCUAGGUGCGCGUAUGUCCCAGCACCCUGGCAUACGCCUCACCGUCAUCCGCUUCCUCCCUGAUGACGCAGCACAUGCCCGUGCAUCUGCUCGAACGAAGCGCGGGCACAGCAUUUUGGCCACUGCUUCAGAAGAGGAGCUUCAGAUGCAAGCAGACGACCAAUACUUUGCAGAGUUCUACCAACAAUAUGUGGCGAAUAAGAAGGUGGGCUACAUGGAAAAGCAUGUCACCGACGGCGCAGAGCUGGUGUUAGCCCUCAGGCCGCUGGAGGGGCAAUACCAACUCUUUGUGGUUGGGCGGGGAGGAGACCGUUCCUCGCUGAUCACGAAUGGACUGAUUGAGUGGGCGGAAUGCCCCGAGAUCGGGCCCGUCGGUGACGUCAUUGCCUCGACGGAGUUUUCAAAAACAGCAUCUGUUCUCAUCAUUCAGCAACACGAUAUUAGGAAGCGUUUUAAGGUCAUAGAUGACGAGUUCAUGCCCUUAUGAAGUAGACCAAUGAGGUUAAACUAAUCUCAUAUGGAUUGGUAUUUGGGGGUGGGAAUCAAAUGUUAAACCCCAAGUACCUUCCUCUCAAAAAAAAAAUUUGUUAAACCCCAAGACCUUUUUUCUGACUGUAAAUUAGCCCCUUAGAUUUAUCCAGUAAUAAGAAAAAUAUAUCAUCAACUCAGAUCAAUUUUCGUUUGUUCUUUUUGAGGAAUACUACAUUCACUCUCGACUUUC